AUGUCGGGUAAGCCGACAACCACACCCCCAGUGUCCCGGGGGGUAUCGAAGAAGGUCCACAUUGCCGACACCCCCAUCACGCUGCGCAACUGGCACCAGCACAUCGACUGGCUGAAUGUGAUCCUGAUCAUCGGCAUUCCUCUGUACGGCAUCAUCCAAGCAUUCUGGGUCCCGCUGCAGCUGAAAACCGCAAUCUGGGCGAUAUCCUACUACUUCUUCACCGGCCUUGGCAUCACCGCCGGCUACCACCGCCUCUGGUCCCACAGCUCCUACUCCGCCACCCUUCCGCUCCGCAUCUGGCUCGCCGCGGCCGGGGGCGGCGCCGUCGAGGGCUCCGCGCGCUGGUGGUCGCGCCUCCACCGCGCCCACCACCGCUACACCGACACGGACCAGGACCCGUACUCGGUGAACAAGGGGCUCUUCUACUCACACUUCGGAUGGAUGCUCAUCAAGCAGAACCCGAAACGGAUCGGGCGGACGGACAUCUCCGACCUGAACGAGGACCCGGUGGUGGUGUGGCAGCAUCGACACUACCUCCUCGUGGUGGCCGUGAUGGGGCUGGCGGUGCCGAUGGCGGGCGCGGGGCUCUGGGGCGACUGGUGGGGGGGGUUCGUGUAUGCGGGCAUCCUGCGCAUCUUCUUUGUGCAGCAGGCGACCUUUUGCAUCAACUCGUUGGCGCAUUGGCUGGGCGAGCAGCCGUUUGAUGACCGCAAUUCCCCCCGGGACCAUGCGAUCACCGCGUUGGCGACCCUCGGGGAAGGGUAUCAUAACUUUCACCACGAGUUUCCCUCGGAUUACCGCAACGCGAUCGAGUGGUAUCAGUAUGAUCCGACCAAGUGGAUGAUUUGGGUGUGGAAGCAGAUGGGGCUGGCGUAUGAUUUGAAGGUGUUUCGCGCCAAUGAGAUUGAGAAGGGGCGGGUGCAGCAGAUGCAAAAGAAACUCGAUCAGCGCCGGGCGCGGCUGGAUUGGGGGGUUCCGAUAAAUGCGUUGCCCGUGCUGGAGUGGGAGGAGUAUCUCGAGUUGGCCCGGAGUCGCGCCCUGGUGGCCGUGGCGGGCGUCGUGCAUGAUGUGACCGAGUUCGUGGAGGAGCACCCCGGUGGGAGGGCGAUGAUUACUGCGGCCAUCGGGAAGGAUGCGACGGCGAUGUUCAAUGGGGGCGUGUAUUAUCAUUCGAAUGCCGCGCAUAAUCUCUUGUCGAUGAUGCGCGUGGGAGUGAUUCGUGGGGGGUGUGAGGUGGAGGUCUUGAAGAGGGCGCAGAAGGAGGGUUAG